AUGAUUGGAAUCAUCCCGUCCAGCCUCAGUUUAGAGAUCCACUCAGAGCUGAUGGGUUACACCAGUUUACUGUAUCUCUCUGGAAUCUGGCCUUGUCUUUUCCAAUUUUUCGCUUCUAUUUAUCUUGAAGUUGCUCAGCGCCCAUCCCAGAAUCCACAGAUGGCAGCUGUCACGCAGACCUUUCCAAAGAGCGAUUCAUGUGAGAUAAAUGAAAACACAACAGUGUGCAACCGUACACUGGAGAAUUUCCGAUCUUGCCUGAAGCGAAAUUUGUGUGGGGUGGAAAACAGCUCAGCAGAGGGCUCCGGGUGCAAACUCUGCCCCAGGCACUGGGUGCCGCACAGGGACAAGUGCUACUGGCUGUCUGAAGAGAACCAAUACUGGAGCAGGGGCCAGGAUGACUGCUCACGGAGGAGAUCUCACCUGCUAGUGAUCCAGGACCGGGAGGAGCUGGAGUUCACACAGAAUCUUACAGGAAAUCAAAUUCCGGCGUGGAUUGGACUCAACAUCACAUCCCCAGGGAGGAAGUGGACCUGGGUGGAUGGUUCCCCGUUAAAUCAAACACUGUGAGUGUUUCCUGAUUAAUAUUUGACAUCAGUCUGCAAUAAGUAUAUAGAGUGAAAUCCCCAUUAAAGUCAAUGGCAAAACUGCGCUUGAAGGAUUUCAUCCAUUAAUUUGACAGUAUAAAGGUCAAUCUUGCAAACACACGUGGGUUUGACUUUAAUCUCAUUGGAGUGAAUGGCAGUACCC